AUGGAUGUCUGGGGCUUUUAUGGGCGGCAGCAGCAGGAAAACUUCCCCGCGGCCGAGGCAGAGCUGCCGGGCCCCCCCGCAGGUGAGUGCGGCUCCAUCCCGGAGCGUGCCCGGCACGCCGCGGGCGGAGGGGAUGCAAUCGCUGCCCGAGCCUCGUCCCGCUCCGUCCCUGCCGAGGUGUUCGCUCUCACCCCAUCAAUAAAAUCGUGUCCAUCCAUCCCGUACGCCGCGUUCCUCCUCAGCCGCUCCGGCCCGGGGAGAUCGGUGUUCGCGCCGGAGAGGGGCGAGCACCUGCAGCCUCUGAAGCCCGCAGCCUCCCUGGGAGCCCCCGCCGCCUUCCUCUGCACCCCCGAGGCGAAGGAGCAAGAUAAAGAAGACAAUCACUCCGCGGCAGAGGAUUUAGAGAGCAGAAAAUCCUAUCAGGACCAAAGGAAUGUCUCUCAUGCCAGCCCUGUAAAUACCGACAGAGGCGAGGAAGGGCUCGCCAUGGAUGUCACCGGGACGCAGCUGCUGGAAAAGGACAUCGAGAACUUGGCCCGAGAUGAGUUACAAAAACUGGUCCUGGAGCAAAUGGAGCUGAGGAAAAAGCUGGAGAGGGACUUCCAGAGCCUGAAAGAUAACUUCCAGGACCAGAUGAAACGGGAGCUGGCGUACCGGGAAGAGAUGGUGCAGCAGUUACAGAUCGUCCGAGACACGCUGUGCAACGAGCUGGACCAGGAGAGGAAAGCGCGCUACGCCAUCCAGCAGAAAUUAAAAGAGGCUCACGACGCGCUGCACCACUUCUCCUGCAAGAUGCUGACCCCGCGGCACUGCACAGGGAACUGCUCCUUCAAGCCGCCGCUGCUGCCCCAGUGAGCGCCCCCCGGGCCCCGCACCCCCGAAGCCAUGCGGGCAGAGCCCACACAAGCCAUUCCCACGAGGAGACACUUGUACAUAGAGGAUUCGGAGCCCGGCUUUGCUCGGACUGGCGAUAGGGCGGGGGGCGGCCCCGGGUGGGGGGAGCCGGGCCCUCGCCGGUCCCCCCCGUUCCGCCUCCCCCCUCCCUCCCCGUGUGUCCGCUUCUUCCACCCUCGUCCAGACUGGAAACAAAAGUGGCUAUGUGCAAUGGAUAUAAAUGUACUGUGAUUCUCUUGGUA